GACACACCGACGCUCCGCACGCGCUCUGGACCCCCUGAAGGCACGAGCCCCCUUCAGUCAGCCAGAAACGGGAGCUUCACGCAGAUGUCACCUCCUCUCGGGCGGUUUUACUCCUCCACAGUCCGGGAUUUGUGUGGUUCCUCCUCGGCUCCUGUGAGUCAAACUUACCUGAGAAGCGGAGCAGCUCCUUCAACAUGGCUUCUUCCGCCACAGGUGACCGCGCGGAGCAGACGGAUGUAAACGCCUGUUACCUGCGAUCAGCUCGGGCCGGGAACCUCGAGAAAGCUUUGGACUACCUGAAGAAUGGAGUCGACAUCAACAUUUGUAACCAGAACGGUCUGAACGCUCUCCAUCUGGCCUCGAAGGAGGGCCAUGUGGAGGUGGUGGCUGAGCUCAUCAAACACGGCGCCAACGUGGAUGCAGCGACUAAGAAAGGAAACACAGCCCUCCACAUCGCGUCCCUCGCUGGACAAACAGAAGUGGUGAAGGAACUCGUCACUCACAACGCCAACGUCAACGCACAGUCCCAGAAUGGCUUCACUCCGCUGUACAUGGCGGCGCAGGAGAACCACAUGGACGUGGUGCAGUUCUUAUUGGACCACGGCUCCAGUCAGAGCAUCGCCACCGAGGAUGGAUUCACUCCGCUGGCGGUGGCGUUGCAGCAGGGCCACGACCAGGUGGUUUCCCUCCUGCUGGAAAACGACACCAAGGGGAAGGUCCGCCUGCCUGCGCUGCACAUCGCUGCACGGAAAGACGACACGAAGGCCGCCGCCCUGCUCCUGCAGAACGACCACAACGCCGACGUGGAGUCCAAGAUGAUGGUGAAUAGAACAACAGAGAGCGGUUUCACACCUCUGCACAUUGCGGCUCACUACGGCAACAUCAACGUAGCAACGCUCCUGCUGAACAGAGGGGCAGCUGUGGACUUCAAGGCGAGGAACGACAUCACGCCGCUGCACGUAGCAUCCAAACGUGGAAACAGCAACAUGGUGCGACUGCUGCUGGAGAGAGGGGCCAAGAUAGAUGCACGGACCAAGGACGGUCUGACUCCUCUCCACUGCGGAGCGAGGAGCGGUCAUGAGCAGGUGGUGGAGAUGCUGCUGGACAGAGGAGCUCCAAUUCUGUCAAAGACAAAGAACGGUUUGUCUCCGCUCCACAUGGCGACGCAAGGCGAUCACCUCAACUGCGUCCAGCUGCUGCUGCAUCACGAGGUGCCCGUGGACGACGUGACCAACGACUACCUGACGGCGCUGCACGUGGCCGCCCACUGUGGGCACUACAAGGUGGCGAAGGUGAUCGUGGACAAGAAGGCCAACCCCAACGCCAAAGCUCUGAAUGGUUUCACUCCCCUGCACAUCGCCUGCAAGAAAAACAGAGUCAAGGUGAUGGAGCUACUUCUGAAGCAUGGAGCGUCCAUACAGGCGGUCACUGAGUCGGGUCUGACUCCGAUCCAUGUCGCAGCGUUUAUGGGACACGACAACAUCGUGCACCAGCUGAUCAGCCACGGGGCUUCACCGAACACGAGCAAUGUGAGGGGGGAGACGGCACUCCACAUGGCAGCGAGGGCUGGACAGUCGAAUGUGGUCCGGUAUCUGAUCCAGAACAGAGCACGAGUCGAUGCCAAGGCCAAGGACGACCAGACUCCGCUGCACAUCUCAAGCCGUCUCGGUAAGCAAGACAUCGUCCAGCAGCUGCUCGCGAACGGAGCGUGCCCAGAUGCCACGACCAGCUCCGGGUACACACCUCUGCACCUGGCUGCCCGGGAGGGACACCGAGACGUGGCGUCAGCGCUGCUCGACCAAGGAGCCAAUCUGGGCAUCAUCACCAAGAAAGGCUUCACUCCUCUGCAUGUGGCUGCAAAGUACGGGAAGAUCGAAGUCGCCAACCUGCUGCUGCAGAAAGACGCUCCGGCUGAUGCUGCUGGGAAGAGUGGACUAACCCCACUGCAUGUGGCGGCACACUAUGAUAACCAGAAGGUGGCGCUGCUCCUGCUCAACCAGGGAGCUUCACCGCACGCAGCUGCAAAGAACGGUUACACACCGCUCCACAUCGCCGCUAAGAAGAAUCAGAUGGAGAUAACCACCACGUUACUCGAGUACGGCGCCACCACCAACACGGUGACUCGGCAGGGGAUCACUCCUCUGCACCUCGCAGCUCAGGAGGGCAACGUGGACAUAGUGACGCUGCUGCUGGCUCGAGACGCUCCCAUAAACACGGGCAAUAAGUCUGGUCUGACUCCGCUCCACCUGGCCGCCCAGGAGGAUAAAGUCAACGUUGCUGAGGUUUUAGUCAACCAGGGAGCUACUGUAGACCCGGAGACAAAGCUGGGAUACACUCCUCUCCAUGUGGCCUGUCACUAUGGCAACGUGAAGAUGGUCAACUUCCUGCUGAAAAAUCAGGCGAAGGUUAACGCAAAGACCAAGAACGGUUACACUCCUCUCCAUCAGGCUGCACAGCAGGGACACACACACAUCAUCAACCUGCUGCUGCAUCACGGAGCGUCGCCCAACGAACUCACGGCCAAUGGGAACAGCGCUCUGUCCAUUGCCAGGAGGCUCGGCUACAUCUCUGUGGUCGACACACUCAAAGUGGUCACGGAGGAAACUCUGACCACUCAGACUGUGAUCGAGAAGCACAAGAUGAACGUCCCAGAGACCAUGAACGAGGUGCUGGACAUGUCCGAUGACGAAGUCUGUAAAGCCAAUGUCCCCGAAAUGAUCACAGAGGACUAUAUAUCUGAUGUGGAAGAAGAGAUGGAUGUUGGAAAUAUCUGCAUCAACUAUUCCUGUGAUGAUGCAAUGACGGGGGACACAGACAAAUAUCUGGCCCCCCAGGACCUGCGGGAGCUGGGGGACGACUCGCUCCCUCAGGAGGGCUACAUGGGCUUCAGCGUCGGCGCGCGGUCACAGAGUCCCAAAGUCAGCCUGCGUUCCUUCAGUUCUGAUAGGUCCAACACGCUGAACCGGAGCUCGUUCACGCGGGACAGCAUGAUGAUAGAGGAGAUGCUUGCGCCAAAUAAGGAGGUGAUGCUCUGUAAGGAAAGGUCUUUCAUUGUAGAGCACCACAAUAAGCAUUUGGCGGUGGCUAAGGACUUUGCCCACGUCUCCCUGGGGAGGUACUGCGGGACUGCAGACGCGCUGGAUAAUGUCAACCUGGUCUCCUCUCCGAUACACUCGGGUUUUUCCUCUCCGCUCCCGCAGUACGACAGCAGGUUCCUGGUCAGCUUCAUGGUCGACGCCCGGGGCGGCUCCAUGAGAGGAAGCCGUCACAAUGGCAUGCGCAUCAUCAUCCCGCCCCGAAAGUGCACGGCGCCCACCAGGAUCACCUGUCGACUGGUCAAGAGGCACAAACUGGCGUCGCCUCCCCCGAUGGUGGAAGGAGAAGGCCUGGCGAGCCGGCUGGUUGAAGUCGGUCCGGCCGGAGCUCAGUUCCUCGGGCCGGUGAUAGUGGAGAUCCCUCAUUUUGGCUCGAUGCGGGGCCAGGAGAGAGAGCUGAUCCUGCUGCGCAGCGAGAACGGAGAAACCUGGAAGGAGCACCUGUACGAUUACAAGACCGACGACCUCAAUCAGCUCCUCGGAGGGAUGGAUGAAGAGCUGGACAGUCCUGAGGAGCUGGAGAGGAAGAGAAUCUGCCGCAUCAUCACCAAGGACUUCCCGCAGUACUUUGCAGUCGUGUCUCGAAUCAGACAGGAGACCAAUCAGAUGGGACCAGAGGGCGGGACUCUGUGCAGCCGGAGCGUCCCAUUGGUUCAGGCUUCCUUCCCCGAGGGGGCGUUAACCAAGAAAAUCAAAGUUGGACUGCAGGCCCAGCCGGUACCCGACGACACUGUGAAGAAAAUCCUCGGUAACCGAGCGACCUUCAGUCCCAUCGUUACCGUGGAGCCCAGAAGAAGGAAGUUCCACAAGCCCAUCACCAUGACAAUCCCGGUCCCGCCGCUGUCAGGGGAGGGGCUCACCAACGGCUACAAAGGAGACACUACUCCGUGUCUCCGCCUUCUCUGUAGCAUCACAGGUGGAACGUCCCCGGCGCAGUGGGAAGACAUCACUGGCACGACUCCUCUCACCUUCGUCAACGACUGUGUCUCCUUCACCACUAAUGUGUCUGCCAGGUUCUGGUUAGCAGACUGCCACCAGAUCCCAGAGACGGUGGGUUUGGCCAUGCAGCUGUACCGGGAGCUGAUCUGUGUGCCCUACAUGGCCAAGUUUGUGGUGUUUGCUAAGAUGAAUGACCCGGUGGAGUCCAGGCUGAGGUGCUUCUGUAUGACGGACGAUAAGGUGGAUAAGACCCUGGAGCAGCAGGAGAACUUUGAGGAGGUGGCCAGGAGCAAAGACAUAGAGGUUCUGGAGGGCAGGCCCAUAUAUGUGGACUGCUACGGAAACUUGGCUCCUCUGACCAAAGGUGGUCAGCAGUUAGUUCUCAACUUCUACGCCUUCAAGGAGAACCGUUUGCCCUUCUGUGUCAAGGUGAGAGAUCCCAGCCAGGAGCCCUGCGGUCGUCUUACGUUCCUCAAAGAGUGUAAGACCAUAAAAGGCCUUCCUCAAACCGCCGUGUGCAACCUGAACAUCACACUCCCUGCCGUGAAAAAGGAAAUGGAGUCAGAUGCCGAGGAUGAGACUGAAAAGCCAGAGCGACGUCAUACCUUUGCAUCCCUAGCCUUACGUAAGCGCUACAGCUAUCUGGCCGAGCCUGCACUGAAAACAACAGUCGAGCGAAGCACAGCAGCAAGAACACUGCCUGCUGGUUACCCUCACAAACCUGUCUUUCCAACCAGACCUUACCCACCAUGGUCGACUGCUCCUAUUACCGUCCCUGGCCAAACAAGGCCAGUCGGAAUGGGGGGUUCCCUCAUCUCUACCGAUUCACCGGCAGGCUCACCAGCUGCUUCUCCAUUGAAAACUACCUGGCCCCUCGCCACCCCGUCACCUGCAUGCCCUACAACUAUCAAAGCCACCCUGGGAGCUCCACCACCGCCACCAACUAACGUGUCCCCAGUUAAAUCAGUUAGCGACAUAGCGUCUUCUUCCCCCAUCAGGUCUUACAGGACUAUGCCUUCACCGAUUAAAACCGUUGUCCAGCUGGGUCAGUACCCUGUCCAGGGGUCUGCCAGCCUUGUGUCCUCUGGAAGCCCAGUUAAACUUGCCACAGAUCCUGCAUCCAUCAAAAGCCUUGCUUCAGCUUACACGUCAAGGACUUCCCCACUUCACACAAUACCCAAUGGUUCUGUACCAGAGAGGUCACCAGCUUCAGUCACUGCUCCAGCAUCGCCAAAGACAACUUACAACAUGUACAAUUCUAAUCUGCCAUUCAAAACUGCCCUUGGGUCCACAGUUGUGGAUGCAUCCAAUGUUUCUCCUGUCAAAAGCAUCUCCAGCUUGUCCUCUUUGAAAACUUCUGUAGAUUCAACGCUCUCAUCCAGAGGAGGGAGGACAUCCCUCUCGUCUCUCUCCUCGACCGGGCAGACAACCAUUGCUUCCUCAGAACUGUCCAUGAUGAAUGGAUCGCUCUCGCCUGUUAAAUAUCCAUCCUCCUCCUCCACACCUUCCUCUCCUUCUUCUCGGCAUCUCACAGAGAGAAGUAGCAGCCUUCAGGAGAGGAUCCAGGCCACCACCCAGGCAGCAACCUCUGGUGUUAGCGCAGCCAUAAAUGAAGCUAUAGACUCGUAUUCUGUUUCAGGCUACGGCACUCUUAGAUCAAUGUCCUCUUCACGUAGGUCUGCAGCAGCAAGCUCUGCUUAUGGUUCUCUGAGAACUGGAGCUGCCUCCACCAGCUCUGCAGUUUCUACUAACUCGGUGACUGUACCUGUGUAUUCGUUAGUCAACGUCAUUCCAGAGACCCCUGUCAAACCAGGGCCAGGGUCCCUCAAAAUGGCACUGCCUGAUACUCCUCGUGCCUCGUCCUCAUCUUCUUCUUCUUUGUCUACCUGUGUUACCUCAUCAAAAAUAAAGUCCCAACUGAAAUCCCCUCCCUUUAUCACACCGCCCAUCAUCCACCCAACUGGAACUUCCAAUCAGGAGAUACUAAAAGAUGUAGCAGACAUGAAAGAGGAUCUGAUCAGAAUGACAGCUAUCCUACAGACAGACACACAGACGGCAGUUAAAACUGUACAAACAUCAAAUACAGGCACUCCUAAAGAGACUAAGUUAGAGGAUGAGGAGCCUUUUACUCUAGUGGAGAAAGUUAAAGAAGACUUAGUGAAAGUCAGUGAGAUAUUACAGAAAGAUAUCAAGAGUGAAGCUAAGGCCAUUGCAGGUAGAGAUAGAGCAUCAGAGGAUGAGUGGGAGGAAUUUACCAAAGAUGAGAUCGAGGAGGCACAAAGAAGUGCCCUUUCAGAGUAUUACCCUCUUUUUGAUGAAAACACACUCCUGCUCAAGCAGCAGACCAUGUCAAGCAAAGACUUAGAGCUGGCCAAAGUAGUAGAUUUCUUAACGAAUGACAUAGGCGCUAGCUCUCUUUCCAGAAUAGCUGAGUUGAAAUCUAAGUACGAGGAGGAGGCAAAGAGGGAAGGGGAAGGGGAGGAGAAACAGAAACGUGUUCUUAAACCAUCUAUGUCGAUACAAGAGCACAAACUCAAAAUGCCCCCACCGGUCUCAGGCAUGCUCAGGUCUCCCUCAGAGAAGGACCUAAGCAAACUUGCUGAAUCCUCAUAUCAGGGGACGGACACUAUUUUGGAGUCACCAGAGGACCUUUCCCAUGAGCAGGAUAAGAGUCCACUCUCAGACAGCGGGUUUGAGACCAGAAGUGAAAAGACGCCCUCUGCUCCUCAGAGUGCAGAGAGUACAGGACCAAAGCCUUUAUUCACAGACUCACCCAUCCCUCCCUGCGUAACUGAGACCAGAACUGAAGUGGUCCACAUUAGGAGCUAUGAGCAACCUGAUGAUCUUUGUGAGCCUUUAGUCAUGGAGGAGGCUGCCUCUGCUCUUCCUCCUGUAGAGCCAGAAGCAGCUUCAACAAGCUCCAUGAAAGCCAUACAGAUGACAAUGCCAGAAGACGACUCUAUGAUGAAUAAAAGUGUGUGUCUUAAAGAGGAAACUCAUAUAACCACUACUACUAGAAUGGUUUAUCACAAGCCACAACUGGCUGAUGGCGUAGAGAUGAUAGAGGAAGGUAUGUCAGUUAGAGAUAUCAUGAAAGCCUUCCAGUCAGGUAGAGACCCAUCUAAAGAACUAGCGGGCCUUUUUGAGCACAAAGCAAGCCAGGAUUCUGUCAAAGGCGAUGAGCUGACUCCUAGAUUUCUUGACAGAGACAUUAAAUCCAAACCUAAAGUCGAAAGGAUUAUCGAGGUUCAUAUCGAAAAGGGCCACAGCACAGCAGAGCCAACUGAAGUUAUUAUCAGAGAAACCAAGAAACAUCCUGAGCUCUAUGUCUAUAAAGGGGACCAUGGAAUUAAGGAACUUACUGAUUACGAUGAAGCCCAACAGGAAGAGGAAGAACUUACUGCCGAAGAAUCCCUACCUUCCUUCCUAGAAACAUCUCGUGUUAACACCCCAGUGUCACAGGAGGAGGACAGUCGUCCAAGUUCUGCCCAACUCAUAGCAGAUGAUUCGUAUAAAGCCCUGAAACUACUUAGCCAGCACUCCAUAGAAUACUGUGACGAUGAGCUAUCAGAAAUCAGAGGAGAGUCAUAUAGGUUUGCUGAGAAAAUGCUCCUCUCAGAGAAACUUGACACGUCAUCGUUGUCUCACUCUGACACAGAGGAUUCGGCCAUAGCGAUUGACAAGAACCGCCACCUAGUUUCUGAGGAGAGUGGUAGCCGAGGCACUGAGAGUCAACAACAUGGAAGCCCCAAAAGAGAGUUUGUUUCCAAGUCAUCAAAAGAUGGGUCCCCUAUGUCUGGUAAAUAUGCGCACAGGGAUGAACCAUCUCAGUUUGAUAAGGUGACAGUGCUUCAUUACUCGACAGAGCAGGGCAGUCCCAAACAUGCUGUUUGGAUGCGAUUUACAGAGGAUAAACAUGACAGGAGCAGGGAUAAGCUUCUUUAUGAGGAUAGGGUGGAUCAAACUGUAAAGGAGGCUGAGGAAAAACUCAGUGAGGUAUCGCAGUUCUUCCGUGACAAAACAGAGAAGCUUAAUGACGAGUUGCAGUCUCCUGAGAAAAAGCCUAUGAGACGAGAGCCAAAGGAACCGAGGUCCUGGCCUAGCUCAGCUUGCAGUACCCCUGAAAAAACACAGCAGAAACCUAAAACAGAGGAGAUCUUCAGUAAAAGCAAACUCAGGGAGCCCUCUGUUGGUAAAAUGUUUAGUAGUACCACUAUGACUGAAAAGAAAAGUUCUAGCUUACCAAGCAGUCCCCAGAAAAGCAGACUCCCUCAUAUAAGUGAGGAUAAAAGUAAACAACAAACUAAAACCAGUGAGUCAGAGCCGUCCUCUCCCUCUCAUGUAAAAUCAACAUCCAAAGUCAGUGCUGUUAGGAUGAAGUUUGAAUCUGAGGCUCAGAAACAAACUCAGUCUAGUCCAACAAAAACUCCUCCUCCGGUGCAGCCAAAACCCUCAAUACAGAAAUUACAGGAGAGCAAACUUCCUGUUUAUCAAUUUUUUGCAGGAAAAACAUCAAAAGUAUCAGAAACAUCAGAAGAAGUAAGACCAAAAAAAGAUGUUGAGAAGGACGCAGAUAGCAGUAAACCCACUUUAAUAUCACCUACAUCUAAAAGCCCAAAACACACAGGAGACAAGUCUCCAAACAAAAAUAUCCCAGAGCCCCUGUUGCAAAGACAAAUAAGUGAAACUGAGACUCACAAAGCAACUACUAAGGGGAAAGAUGUCCCUUUCACUGUUACUCAGGAAAUCAAAGAACGCAAUAAAGAUCAGAAAGUCCAGGCACCUGUUGUUAAAGAUACCAUUAGACUACUAGAAAAAGAUAGUGAUGCUAUAAAGAGCCAACAAGUAACAAAAAGUCAGUCUACUUCCAAAGAAGUAACAGCUGAGGUGCUAAGAAAAGAAACUGACGAACCCCUUAACAAAAACCUUAGAAAAAAGGCAGAAUCUCAAAUUCCUGUAAGAAUGUCUUCUACCUUAGAUAAUGACCUCACAAAGAAACUGACAGUAACUAAACCCUCGCAGAUACCUACAUUAUCAAAAAGCAAAAUACAGACAAGUCCUGAGACAACACAGAAAAAAACAGAUCUGACUUUCGAAAUUUUAGAUAAUGCACCCAAAGAUUCCAACUCCAAUAAUCUUCCUAGCCCUAGAGACGCACUGGAGACGGUCAUAACUCCUCCAGCUGCUGUAACAACCAAAGAGAACUUUAAGGGCAUCAAAACAUUACCUGUUUAUGUCAGUGUCCAGGUAGGAAGGCAGGGAGAGAGGGAGGCCAAAGGUUCAGUAUACACAGUCAAACAGAAAUCAAACUCAGCACUCAGCCCCAUAAGCCCUGAUGACGACACACUAGAACAGGUCUCUUUCAUAGAUAGCUCAGGGAAAAGCCCCAUUACACCAGAGACCCCCAGCUCUGAAGAGAUCAGCUAUGACCUGACGUCAAGGACCCCUGAUGGUUUUAUGGGAUUCAUGCCAGGCAAACCCAGCCCCAUCAUGGAGGUAUCUGAAGAAUCGGAAGAAGAUGACCAAAGCAAAGUUGUUUUCUCUUUUAAAGAGGUCCUACCACAAAGCAAAACUAGUGUUCAAACCACCGAAGACUUUGCUAAUGCUAAUGAGCAAGAAAUAAAAAGUAAUGAUAAUGAGCAGGAUGUAACUUUUAAUUUGAAUGAGGAAAAAACAGCAGACAAUAGUCGGCAAGAAGUAACGACAGAGCAGGAACAGCAAGAGGUCUCAAAAGACAAAGGUAUUGCAUAUAUUGAGUUUCCUCCCCCUCCUCCUCUGGACUCGGCAUCAGAAAUGUCAGACCCGGAGAGGAAAGGUUCCUGUGCCUCUUCAGAGACUGAGACUGAAAUGAUGGAGGUUAACUUACAGGAAGAACAUGACAAGCAUCUGCUUACCGAGCCAAUUAUACGUAUACAACCCCCCUCCCCGGUGUCCCCAGGGGAAGAUGACAGUCAGUCAAAUGAUGAAGAUGAUGAGUCAAUCUUCCAACCAAUUCCUUUUAAGAAAUUCACUUUCAAAGCUCCCGAGGAGGAGGAGAAGAGGAAGGAGAAGGAAAAGGAAAAAGCAUCUAAAGCCAAAAAGCAUGACAAAAAUGGAAACAGCAAAGAACCUAAUGGUGGGACCAAUGGCUCCAAUGGCUCCAAUGGCUCUAAUGGUUCUAAUGGUAAAGGAGAGGACUAUGAAUAUGAACAAAAUGGAAAUGACCAGUCAAUAACUGACUGUUCAAUAGCUACAACUGCUGAAUUUUCUCAUGACACAGAUGCGACAGAGAUAGACUCCUUAGAUGGAUAUGAACUUCAGGAUGAGGAUGAUGGCCUGUGCGAGCAGGCAGAUUUGCGGCUGUUUGGUCUUCCAGACAGCCGAAGAGACGUUUGGGCAACAGACACAUAUAGGUCCACUGAUCGCUCUUUUCCUCCAACAAAACUGGAAGUUAUUGAAGAAGAAAAAACCCCAGAGGAAUGUCAAAAGGACACUCUCAAAAAUGAUACACCCUCAAAUGGUGAUGGUGUUAGUAAGGAUGAGGUUAAAAAUGAGGAACAAAAGCAGUCAAUUAAAGAGGGAUUUUCGGACACUUACUUUAGCUAUAAGUUAGAAGAGGAGUUUAAUUCUCCUUUUAAGACUGUUGCCACUAAGGGGCUGGACUUUGACCCCUGGCCCAGUAAAGGUGGAGAAGAAGAAGUCGUUGACAUGGGAGGGACACGGGGAAGCAAUGGUGAGCCUAAGCCUUUUGGACUGGCAGUGGACGACCAGUCUCAGGCCACAACACCAGACACUACCCCGGCCCGAACACCAACGGACGAUAGCACGCCGACGAGCGAGCCAAACCCAUUCCCCUUCCAUGAAGGGAAGAUGUUUGAGAUGACACGCAGUGGUGCGAUUGACAUGAGCAAGAGGGACAUGGUGGAGGAGAGGCUCCAGUUUUUUCAGAUUGGCCCUCAGAGUCCCUGUGAGAGAACAGACCUCCGCAUGGCAAUAGUAGCCGACCACCUCGGACUCAGCUGGACUGAGCUGGCCAGGGAGCUGGAUUUCUCUGUGGAAGAAAUCAACUUCAUCAGAGUGGAGAACCCCAAUUCCCUGACAGCACAGAGCUUCAUGCUCCUAAAGAAAUGGGUGCACAGGGACGGUAAAAAUGCCACAACGGAUGCUUUAACUGCGGUGCUGACUAAGAUCAAUCGUUUGGAUAUUGUGACUUUGCUGGAAGGGCCCAUAUUUGACUACGGUAACAUUUCAGGCACACGCUGCUUUGCCGAUGAUAACGCAGUAUUCCCGGAUCAGUCCGAUGGAUACCACAAUAUAGAUCUGGAGCUGCAAACCCCCUCAGACCUGAACUACGAGCCCCCCACCCCGCUGCGCUCAGACGACUUCUUUAGCGAGGGCGAUGCUAGCGCAGACUCCCCUAGCAAGACCACGCUUACUAGACCUAGCGACCUCUCACUCACUCAGACCACCAGUACCUCCAGCAGCGACCCCCUCACAGUCGCCCCAGGCCCCGCCUCCAAUGCCACGCAACCCCCCAUCGUCGGGGCCGAAGACACGGCUUCGACCACCGGAGAAGGAGCGAAGGAAGAAAAGACAGGGCUGGUUUAUUAUGAGAGGCCGGAUAACGACAGAAGGGCAGUAGAGCAGAUAGGAAAGGGAACAGACGCUGAGGCCGUAGAGAAGGAACCGAAGGCAGGGCAAGGCGUUGUUUUGGAGCGACAGGGAGAAGCUGGUCAUGGAAAUGGGAAGCAGGAAGAAGACGAAGACGAGGAGAUGACCCCGGAGAGGCUGCAGAGUCUGCUGGAGGAUAUAAAAAAGGAGGGAGGCUUGGAGGACGAGGAGAUGACGGAGGAGAGGAUGAAUGCUAUCCUCGAACAGCUGCAGCAGGCAGAAAAAGACGUGUGUUCAGUUCCAGGCUGGAGAGGUGAGACGUCCGGCGCAAGCGUAGAGUCAGCAACCCCCGGCCACAGCACCGGCCUCGAGGAGGGCAGCCCCGACAGUCUGGCUGAUUCGUUGGAUCAGGCCCCGGCUCAGACCGUCAAACAGAACGGAGGUCACAUUGACGCAGCCAGGGAAGCAAAGGAAAAGGAGGCCAAGAAGAAGGGAUCUCAGGAGGACAGCAGCACAGCGGGACCAAGCAGAGGACAGGAGGACGGAGGUGACAGGUCCCAGCACAAAGUCCAGGGGAGCGUUAGAGCUGAUGAGUCCGGCUCCGAUGAGGAGACCACUGUCACCACCAGGGUGUACCGCAGACGAGUCAUACUCAAGGGAGAGGAGGCCAAAAACAUUCCCGGACAGUCUGUGACGGAGGAGCAGUUCACAGAUGAAGACGGGAAUCUGGUCACCAGAAAAGUGAUCAGAAAGGUGGUGCGCCGUGUGUACAACACGGAUGAGAGGAGGGAGAGUGAAGGCGAUGCUGUAACAGAAGAAGGAGCUGCUGCUUGUGGUGGUGGUGGUGGUGUAACGUCAGCAGGAGCCACAGGGGGGAAGGGCAAGAAGAGGGGGAAGCGCUCCCGACACGGUCACAAGGCUGAGAAGUCUGGAGAAAAAGAGCCUGGAGACAGUGCCAACAAAAAACAAGGGAAGAAGGGUCAGUCAUAACAGUAGAACUCUCAACUAAACCAGGUCCACUGACGUCCACCUGCAACACCAUACACGCGCCCUGGGAGGGAAAACAAGACUGGAAGCCUCGUCAAUCGGCCAAAACGUGUCUGAAGCUUUCACUUACAACGCAUGGUUCUUCAGCAAGACAACGCAGAACAAGUUACUUUUCUUUGAUUUCGCAUGAGCAUGUCACCAAAACUCACUCAAUGUUGGAAACCACGCCGACAGGACACGCAUGGACGUGAACUGGAGCUUUCUCAUCUUCAACGAAUGAAAGGUACCUGUGACCAAAGACGGCACAAACAACGAAAAACUAAACACUGACAGAUAAGGAAGACGUGUGAUUCACUCUCAGACACUUGCCUUAUAUGGUCUAUUUUUUCCUCCUGGACCCACAGUAUCGGGGUGUACCAUGUGGUUCUUUUUUAAAAAAUGAAAUACAAUAGUAAAUGAGUGAUUUUUGUUGUAUAUAAAUGACACUGUAUAAAAUUGAAAAAAAAAAUCAGUAGCUUCACAGAUUGUUUAUGCACUGAUUUGAGUUGAAGCUUUGCAGUCAGUGCAUUUGUAUUGACAGGUCGACACUGUUUGAACAGCCUUGAGUGUGCGACUUGACAUGCUCUUCCCAAACGAAUACAUAAAAAGAAACAAAAAAAAGCUGUAUGUAAAUGAGAAACGAAUGGAAGAAAAAAAAAAUAAGUGCUUGAUUUUAAACAAAGGACGUUUCUUUAAAGCCAACAGCUACUUCCGCUCUUUCUGUGGAACAUUAUUUGUCUGCAGAGGAAUAAUAUUUUGCUGCAUGUGACGUCACUUUAUUUUUAACGCUUUCCUUUUAGUUUCCUCCUAAUUCAAAAGCACUGUAAUACAAUUAGAGAGGUGGUACUUCUGUCUUUGUGAACACUCAUAAUAACCCAACCAUUUGUCAUCCACAACUGUUUUUAUUUUGUUUGUACGAAAAUGAAAACACACAGGCACUUGCGAUAACAAAGCUUAGGGAAGGUACUGACAGUGGAACCUGCAGACUGGCACAUCAUGUUUUCUCCUGCUAGCAUCCUUGUGUGUGUGCAGCAUCAAAAACAAAUGUCUAUCUGUAAGCCCAUCAUGCAUACUAGAAGUGUAAGUUUUAUUUUGACAAUUUGAUGGCUUUUAAGUUACACGAGAACAGAGAAUCUCAUUUUUAGCACACAUUAUCCAAAAAUAAUUAUUUUCAGCUAAAUCACAGUAUUGAUCACACAUUGUUAAAAAUCUGAUCUUCUGUUCCUGUGUGAUUCAUUUGUUUGUUUUUGGUUAUCUUUUUUUUUUUUUUUUUCAUUCAAAACCACCCUGAGCAGCCAUUGUUGAUGAUAAAUCUGGUACCAACAUGUAUGACAAACCAACAUAGCCUACACUGGAUGAUCCAAGUAAUUAUUUAAGCAGAAAAAUAAAUUGUGUUAAAACUGAA